CUUUUUCAGCAGAAUCCUUGAAAAGAUCGGGCGAAGAUGGCUGUCUGGAGCUUGUUGCUCACGGCUGUCACCCUUUUGGGGCCCGCUGUAGGCGCAGACAGGAUCAAAGUGAGCCAGCAUUGUGCUACCUCCAAUUCGUCCAUUGACAACGUUUACUCCUAUUCGGAGAAGGAGCUCAAUAGCUCAAGGACAUUGCGCCUUUCCAAAUUCAGCGGGAAGGUGGUCCUCAUCGUCAAUGUGGCGACUUACUGAGGGUUUACCUAUCAGUACCACGAAUUGAAUGCACUUCAGAACGAGUACCCCAUGGACUUGGCUGUUUUAGCUUUUCCUUGUAACCAAUUUGGGCAGCAAGAACCGGGAGCUACAGAUUCUGAAAUUUUGAAUGGGAUUCGAUACGUCCGACCGGGAGGCAACUUCCAGCCGAACAUAACAUUAUUCCGCAAGGUCGAUAUCAACGGAGCGAAAGAACAUCCUUUAUUUGCAUAUCUGAAAAGAAGCUGUCCAACGACUCGAGAUUUUUUCAUGCCAUCCACCAGACUGGAUUACAGUCCGAUGCGCAAUAACGAUGUCCGUUGGAAUUUCGAGAAAUUCCUCGUUAAUCGUAAAGGCAAACCUGUGAAACGUUACGAUGCCACCGCUCGUAUUUCAGAAAUGCGCGAAGACAUUGAAUCGCUCAUCUCUGUCGACGUUAACGAUCCAAAUGUUUAUGAAUCGUUAAUUGCGCUUGAGAAAACUUGAUUGCCCUAUUUUAGUUGUUUGGUUGUUGGUGAGGCGGUUGGGAAACGAGAUUGGCGCGCGCGACCUAUAUGACACUCCAAAUCUCAACCGCUCGAAACAUGGCGGCGAUUUGGAGAAGAGGUUUGAAACCCAGUUGGACUAGAAAAGGAUGUGACGAACGAGAGAUAAACUCGUACCAUCUUCAACUCUCGUUUUCGCGCUCUCUUGUGCAUUCGGAGCCGUCGUAUCCGGUUUCUAGCCAGCUGUUUUGUCCGCGCAGUGAUUUCGUUUUCACCGCCUCAGCGACGCCUAUGACUCAAUACAGAACAUUUAAACAGCAUAA